GACGGGGCGGGGCCUCGUGCUAACGGUCGCGCGCCCGUCGCACCUGCGCGAGGCUGUGGCCCGAGCAUCCUGUGGAGAAGCCGCGAAGCGCCGGCGACCCGGGGGUCGUGCGGGUCUGGUCCGCGAAGCUGCGGCUGCCUCUGUGCAGGCCUGGGGAGCAGCUGGCCGGGCGAGCGUCGGAUUAAAAAAAUGGCAAACUCCUUUGCAACGAGGACCUUCACUACCCUUUCAGAUCUGCAGCCAAAUAUGGCUAAUCUGAAAGUAAUUGGUGUAGUUAUUGGGAAAACAGAUGUCAAAGGCUUUCCAGACAGAAAAAAUAUUGGAUCAGAAAGGUACACUUUCAGCUUCACCAUUCGGGAUUCACCAGCACAUUUUGUAAAUGCAGCUUCCUGGGGCAAUGAAGAUUACAUCAAGUCUCUUUCUGACAGCUUUAGGGUUGGUGACUGUGUGAUAAUUGAAAAUCCCCUGAUCCAAAGAAAGGAAAUAGAAAGAGAAGAAAAAUUCAGCCCUGCAACUCCUAGCAACUGUAAACUACUGCUCAGUGAGAAUCACUCAACAGUUAAAGUUUGUUCCAGUUACGAAGUGGACACAAAGUUACUUUCUUUGAUACAUUUACCUGUUAAAGAGUCUCACGAUUAUUAUUCAUUGGGUGACAUUGUUGCAAAUGGACACAGUCUUAAUGGGAGGAUUAUUAACGUGCUGGCAGCUGUGAAGUCGGUUGGAGAGCCAAAAUACUUUACAACUUCAGACCGGAGAAAAGGCCAGAGGUGUGAAGUUAGACUCUAUGAUGAAACAGAGUCUUCUUUUGCAAUGACAUGUUGGGAUAAUGAAUCCAUUCUACUUGCACAGAGCUGGAUGCCACGAGAAACAGUAAUAUUUGUCUCAGAUGUAAGAAUAAGUUUUGACAAAUUUCGGAACUGCAUGACAGCAACUGUAAUCUCAAAAACCAUUAUUACAACUAAUCCAGAGACGCCAGAAGCUAACAUUCUACUGAAUUUUAUACAAGAAAAUAAAGAAACAAAUGUUCUGGAUGACGAAAUUGAAAGUUAUUUCAAAGAAUCCAUAAAUUUAAGUACAAUAGUUGAUGUCUAUACAGUUGAACAAUUAAAGGGAAAAGCUUUGAAGAAUGAAGGAAAAGCUGAUCCUUUCUAUGGCAUACUUUAUGCCUACAUUUCCACACUCAACAUUGAUGAUGAAACUACAAAAGUAGUUCGAAACAGAUGUUCCACCUGUGGUUAUAUAGUAAAUGAAGCAUCUAACAUGUGCACAAUUUGCAACAAAAACUCCUUGGACUUUAAAUCUGUCUUUCUCAGUUUCGAUAUGCUGAUUGAUCUGACUGAUCACACAGGCACCCUUCAUUCCUGUAGUCUCACAGGAAGUGUUGCUGAGGAGACUUUGGGCUGCACGGUAAAUGAGUUUCUUGCAAUGACAGAUGAACAGAAAACAGCAUUAAAGUGGCAAUUUCUCUUGGAAAGAAGCAAAAUUUAUUUAAAAUUUGUUGUAUCACACAGAGCAAGGAGUGGAUUGAAAAUUAGUGUGCUCUCGUGCAAGCUUGCGGAUCCCACUGAGCAGCCACAAAGAAAACUGCUCAACUUCACACCAUUGAGAGUCACUUGCUUCAGGGCACAGACUCCAGCCUGUGAAGACCCACCACUAAGGUCAUUGUUGACCCACAUCCUGGGAGGUUUGACCUGGUACUUUAGAAGGCUACACGUCCUCCACGACAGGAUUGGAAAAAAGGAAAAACAGAGCAUCUGAAAUGUGUGCAACCUGUCGGGGAUGUCCCACCCAGAGUCUCUUCACUUGCUGAGGUCCCUCAGCUUCUAUGAGGAUCAGAAAAUUACCUGAGGAAGCUAUGGAAGGGGUGGGGAGAGCAGAUACUGGUGCCAACAGACUCCUUGCUUCAGAACUUCCCCUUGGGUUCACCAGCUUUCUGAAGCUGCUAUCCAGCGCAGACCACUUUCUUCCUUGGAUUUUACUCCCUGUCCUUUCUGCUUCAUUACACUUCUGAGAGCACUCCUUCAGCAAAUCAUGGGAGCAAGAAUCUCCAUCUUAGGCUGUGCUUCUGGGGUACGUGAUCUAAGAUACAGUCAUUAAAAAGGGGUACCUGUACUUACAUUCACUGACCUGGAAAUAUGUUCAUAAUAUAUUAAGCGGAUGUGUAAUACUCAUUUUUUAUAAAAGUCCAAUGAACAUGUUUUAAAAACACAACAGAAGAACAGAUGUCAAGCCAUAUAUUCUGUACAGACUAAUAUAUUGUGAAGUGUGAUAAUGGUCUUACAUUUCCAUGUAGGAGAAUAUCCUGAUUCUUAGGAGAUGUAUGCUGAAAGGGCAGAGUCUUUCUGCAGUCACCAUCCCGAUGCAUUUUCAAAAUAAGGGUGUGUGUGUGUGUGUGCGCGCGCAUAUAUAUACACACAUAUAGAGAGAGGUGCGUGUAUGUAUAUAUACACAUAUAUGGGGGGGUGGGAGGAAAGGCGAGACACAGGACCAGAGGACAAACAGUGAGUGCUGGUAAUUGUUGAAUCUAUUAAAGGGCAUAUGGAGUUCAUUGUAUUAGUUUUUCAACUUUUUCAUAGGUUUAAAUGUAUUCAAAAUGUGGAAAAACGUUAUCUUUUGAAUGCUAGGAUUACUAUGAUUUUAGCAUUAUCAGGAAUUGUCGGACUUGGUGUCUUUGUUUUUGAUUCUUGCAUCUAAGGACUUCGUGUGCCUACACUUGCAAUGCUGAUGUCGAUGUUUGUGACAAAGCUUGUUCUACCACUGUGGUGAACACUGACCCUGGGGGUACCGUAUUCAGUGCUAGCUUGUGCCACCUACUAGGGUUGCAUGUGAGCAAUGCUUCUACUUUAUGCCUUUGACUUUAAUAGUCUGUCAACUUGGUAGAUGUAUCUCAGCUGAACCUUGUACCUGGUAGCUAGACAAAUAAUACACUUUCAGCAUAAGCACACCCUUUGAUCCAGCUCUUCCACUUAUGGGAACCUAGCCAACAGCACAUGUGCUGAUACUAGCAAAUCAUUAGAGACUAUCUCAAGGUCCAAAAAUGGAGGCUUGACUUCAGAAUCUUAUGCAAUCCAUGAAAAUUGUACUGCAGGAAUGUGUCAGCUAACAAGGAAAAAGAUGGUCACAAUAUACAGUGAAAUAAGCAAGUUAAAAAAUUUUAUGGUAUAGCUGGGCGCGGUGUCUCACACCUGUAAUCCCAGCACUUUGGGAGGCCA